UUUAAUCCAGAAUACCAGCUCUUUAUCUCAUCUAAAUUCUUGAAACUAGCACAUACACCUAUAGCUUUUUCUAUUUUAAUCACAGGGGUGGAGCAUGUGGCGGGAGACAUGUUUGUGAGCGUCCCAAAGGGAGAUGCUAUUUUCAUGAAGUGGAUACUACACGGUUGGAGCGAUGAGUAUUGCUUAAAACUUCUCAAGAACUGCUACGAAGCACUUCCAAGUAAGGGCAAAGUGAUAGUUGCGGAAUCAAUACUUCCUUUGGCACCGGAAAAUGCUGUUUCUUCUCACAUUGUUUUUGAGCAAGACCUGUUCAUGUUUGCUCAAACUCCUGGUGGUAAAGAGAGGACCCAAAAGGACUAUGAGACCUUAGCAAUGAAGUCUGGUUUUUCCAGUUGUGAAGUUGUAUGUUGUGCUUACAACAGCUGGGUUAUGGAAUUUCAUAAAGCAUAAUGACCCACUUUGAAUGCACUUUCACUACAAGUCGUUGGCUGCUAUUAAAAUAUUACGUGGCUUUUUUUCUAAAUAAUGGAUGAGUCUACUGGUGUCUCACAAAUAUAUAGUGUAACUAAGUGAAAGCUCGUGCCUUUGCACUGGUUAUUUUCUUUUCAAUCCUUUAAUAUUGAAUCGACUGUUGAGAAAUACUUUAUACGA